AUGGAGAACGGUCAUGAGAUCGGUACCCAACAUGCAACGAAGGGAGACCGCGACACCGGGCAAGAAGGGCUACGUGACAGAUCGUCUCUACCGAAGGCUGAGCCGACUGACCGACUGUUGAAAUUGGGCCAGCCGGAAGAGACGAAGGAGCCUAAAGAAGAAAUAAUGCUAAAUACUGAAGACGUCGAGAUUGCAGAAAUACCAGUUUAUCACCACGAGAGCGGAGAUUUGUUUGCGGAAGAUAUCGAGCAGCAUAUGGCCGUGCUACCAGAGAUGUCGGCGACUACGGAAGAAGUUACGAUUGAGGACAUUCAGAUCGGUGAUCCCGAUGUGCCUCUCACCACAGAUCAACAACGGCUCAGAUCGCUGAUCUGGAAGAGCCGUCACCUCCUCAUGGGUAAAGGUAAUGCUCUACCACCAGCAGCACGAGGCGCGAUCUGUGAUAUUGAUGUCGGUGGGGCAGCACCGAUAGCGCAAGUGCGUCGGUCGCACCCAAAUAUCGGGAGAAGCUGUCAGAUCUCAUCAAAGGACUAUUAG